UCAAGGUCAUUCGGUUCUAGGGCAGACGAAGUCUGUAGUUGAAUGUUUCGUAGCGUUUUUCGUACAAGCAAAGCACUGCUACUGCUUGAGAAAAACCAAAAUGUUGCGAGUACACGGGAGGGUCAAAGCUGAGGCACUGUGCACUUUCAAAAAGGUGUGCUUGCCAGCUGCCUCAGUGAGAGGAUUCCACCAGGAGCCCUUACAUCCAGAAUGGAGAGAGUUAGCCAAGAAGCAACUGAAGGGGAAGGACCCACAAGAAACUUUGAUAUGGCACACUCCAGAGGGUAUUGAUGUGAAGCCACUGUAUACCAAGCAGGACACGGCCAGGAUGGUGGAUGAGUUGCCUGGGAAGUUCCCCUACACCAGGGGACCCUAUCCAACUAUGUAUGCACAGAGACCCUGGACUAUCAGACAGUAUGCAGGGUUUAGCACAGUGGAAGAGAGCAACAAGUUCUACAGAGAAAACAUUGCAGCAGGACAGCAGGGUCUUAGUGUGGCUUUUGAUCUGCCCACACAUAGAGGCUAUGACUCAGACAACCCGCGAGCCUCUGGGGAUGUGGGGAUGGCUGGAGUGGCCAUUGACUCUGUGGAGGAUACUAAGUUACUAUUUGAUGGUAUUCCACUGGGGAAGAUCUCCACAUCUAUGACAAUGAAUGGAGCUGUGCUGCCCAUCCUGGCUAUGUAUGUGGUGUCUGCUGAAGAACAAGGUGUGAAGCAAGAACAACUCACUGGUACCAUUCAGAAUGACAUUCUCAAAGAGUUCAUGGUCCGGAAUACGUACAUUUUCCCACCUGAACCAUCUAUGAAGAGUAUUGCUGAUAUUUUCUCCUAUACGGCUCAUAACAUGCCCAAGUUUAACUCCAUCUCCAUCUCGGGCUACCACAUGCAGGAAGCAGGAGCAGAUGCUGUAUUGGAGAUGGCUUUCACCAUUGCUGAUGGUUUAGAGUACUGCAGGACAGGUUUAAAAGCAGGCCUGCAUAUUGAUGAAUUUGCUCCUCGUCUGUCAUUUUUCUGGGGCAUUGGGAUGAACUUCAUGAUGGAGAUAGCCAAGCUCCGAGCUGCCAGGCGUCUGUGGGCAAAUCUGAUCAAGGAUCAUUUUGAUGCCAAGAAUCAGAAAUCAUUGCUGCUGAGGUGCCACUGUCAGACUUCAGGCUGGUCACUCACAGAACAGGAUCCUUACAAUAACAUCAUCAGAACAACAGUGGAGGCCAUGGCAGCUGUGUUUGGAGGCACACAAUCCCUGCACACAAACAGCUUUGAUGAGGCCCUGGGGCUGCCCACAAAAUUUAGUGCCAGAAUUGCCAGAAAUACACAAAUUAUAUUACAAGAGGAAUCUGGAAUUCCAAAGAUUGUGGAUCCCUGGGGUGGAUCCUAUGUAAUGGAGGCUCUCACUGAUGAGCUGUACGAUAAAGCUUUGUCUGUUAUCCAAGAGGUAGAAGAGAUGGGAGGUAUGGCCAAGGCUGUGGCUGCAGGGAUGCCUAAACUGAGGAUUGAGGAGUGUGCUGCCAGAAGACAGGCCAGGAUUGACAGUGGACAGGAGGCUAUAGUGGGAGUGAACAAGUACCGCCUGCCCAACCCUGACACUGUGGAGGUGUUGAUGAUUGACAACAAGGAGGUGCUGGAGAAGCAGUUGGCCAGGCUGAAGAUGGUCCGCGAGACCAGGGAUAACAACAAGGUGCAAGAAACCUUACAGGCCAUCACAGAAUGCUGUAAGAGUGGGGAUGGCAACUUGAUGGCUCUCAGCAUUGAUGCCGCCAGAGCCAGGGCCACAGUGGGAGAGAUCACCAGCGCCAUGGAGGAGGUGUUUGGACGCCAUGUGGCCACAGAUCGCAUGGUCAGCGGUGCUUACAAGACAGAGUAUGGGGAGAAUGAUGAAAUUACACAUGUUAUCAAGAAAGUAGAGGAAUUUGUAUCUCAAGAAGGUCGCCGCCCAAGAAUACUCAUCGCAAAGGUCGGCCAGGAUGGACACGACAGAGGGGGCAAGGUCAUCGCCACAGGAUUCGCUGACAUGGGCUUUGAUGUGGAUAUCGGCCCUCUCUUUGCUACUCCGAAAGAAGCUGCUCAGCAGGCCAUUGAUGCAGAUGUCCAUGUGGUGGGUGUGAGCUCUCUAGCGGCUGGCCACAGGACACUGGUGCCUGAACUCAUCCAGUGUCUAGCUGACAUGGGACGACCUGACAUAGUGGUUGUGACAGGUGGAGUUAUUCCUCCCCAGGAUUAUGAUUUCCUCUUUGAAGUGGGUGUGUCCAGUGUGUUUGGUCCAGGCACCAGAAUCCCAGAUGCAGCAAUCAAAGUACUGGAUGAUAUCAUUUCCAACCAGAACAAGAGACAGCAAGCAUCAGGAUAGAUGCAACUCGGACAUAAACUAAAGUGCUGCCAUUUCACACAGAUAUGUCACAUACCGUGAUAAAAAGACAGACAUCUAAAGGCUUCUAUACUGCUGCAGCAGUCGUCUAUAAUUUGUACAAGUCUGUGGAUGUAUAGGGAUUUAUUUGUGGCAUGAGGUAGAUGUUGCAUAUCGCAAUGGUCACAUAAUGGAAAUACAAGAGCAAACAUGACAGCAUAUUUAUGCCUCAGCUGGUGUAUGUCCCAUUGUCAGCACAACUGCCCAUCAGCUCUUAUAUUUUUAAUUUUACCAUAAAAAAAAAGAAUAUACAAAAGAGAAAAAAAAGAAAUUGAUAUUUUUUGGUAUGAUAGACCAUAUCUUUAUCGGUAAGCUUAAGUCAUGAAAAUCAAAAGUAAUAAUUACGUCUUAAAUUUGUACAGGCUUAAUCAAAUGCUUGAUUUCAUGAUCAUUGAAAGACUAGACAGAUGAGACACCAAACCCUCAUUAAUGCUUACUGCAUGCCAAAUAUGCUGGCAUAUUCUGACAGCAUUCUAUUUGACUUAAAAAGGUAAAUACGCUGUUUUCUAUUAUAGUGAAACUGAAGGUCUGUUUUUCAUUUAAUGUGCUGCGGGACUUGACAAUGGUGUGUAUUUUUUUAUUUAAAGAAAGCUGGUAUUUGUCUUUAUAUGAAGUUCAAUCUGUUGGAAAAAAUUGACUAAAAAGAUGAGCAAUUUGAAAGAUUGAAAAAACAUUUUGUCAGCUUAAGCAAUUAGUUGAUAGUAUGUUUGAAACUUUUUCGCACAAAUUGUUUUCUGUAAUGAUAUAUGUUAUACAGUAUAAAAGCUUGCUACAUGUAAUACUUGGAGUUGGGACGUAUAAUUUGUUGUACAGCAAGUGUAUUACAUGAUGACUUAUUACAUGAAUUUGCAAUAUUCCAGUUGAUAAUCAGAGUGAGAUAUCUUAGGGUCACGAUACAGAAUCUCCAGACUCUUCUAGAACAACAACAACAACAACAACAACAA